UUACUUUUUCAUUUUUACUAGUGCCCCUUUCAAUUGAUUAGCAAUUUUUGACAGAAUAUUUUUGCUUCAAUGCAAGCCCUUGAUCUUGCGUGUAACUCUUCCCUAGACCCAUCUGCAGCCGAUCUGUCCACCAUGCCCGAGCUAUCCUCUCCGAUCCGCUCAUCGGAAAACCCUCACAACCCGAAUUCCCAUGUCGAAAACAACUAUGUUGAGAAUAUUAAGGAAGAUGAUGUUAAGAAUAGUAGUAUAAAUAAUAAUGAUAACAAUGUACUAGUCAGGCGGGAGAGGCCGUCCAGGGCAUGUACACAGAGGGCGGCAGCCACGUUGCAGGCAGCAGCAGAGGCGGAGGCAGUUAUGGCUGAGAAGGAAAGGAAGCGGAAGAAGGUCAAGACAAGGGAGAGGUUGGCGGCCCGACUUCUGAAGGAGUCGUCUGACGAGGAGGAGGAGGAGGAUGGGGAGGAAGAGGAUGGUGAGGAGAAUGGGUCCCUUUCAUCGUCACUUCAGCAAUGUAGUAAAACAGUUACCCCAUUGGUGGGGGAGCCGGAGCCCUCACAGUUGCCGCGGUGGGACAUUAGGUCCAUGUGGCAGUUGGCUUCUAUACUCAACUUCUUGAAUGUAUUUAGGCAUAUGUUGAAUAUUAAAGCGGAGUUUUCUGCAGAAGAGUUUGAGACGGCUUUGAUUAUGCCUAAUAAUACUUUGGGGGAUAUACAUAUGCCAUUGUUGAAGGCAAUUCCUCCUAUCACAAGAAUGGCGCUGGGACAUGGUACUUGGAUAACUGUUUUAUGCAGAAAACUGAGAGAUUGGUGGCAUUGGGUUGCAGAGGGAGAUAUACCUAUAGUUGCGUCACACGGGGCCGAAGUUGAAGCAUAUAAUGCACUUGAUCCCGGUGUUCGUGUGGUGAUUUUGAAAGCAUUAUGUGAUAUCCGUGUUGAGGUACUUGCUUUAGAAAAUCUUUCGGUCCAACCAAUAUUCUACUGAAUCUGUUUCUGAAGUCUAAUGAGUAAUAAAAUCCUUACAGCUUGAGUUUUUUUGCAUACAUGUUUACUGUGUUUAGCUGAAAAAUACAUUCCUCAAGGAAAAUUUGUGCUGCAAUGUAGUGGUUUGACAUUCAAAAAAUGAUUUCAACCCGAUCUCAAUCUGGAGAAUCUGGGCCGUAUUUUAACUUCCUGCAAAGUAAAAAUCGGAGUUCUAUGACAAUCAUGAUCAUAUUGAG